AUGAGAGGGAGAAGAGUGUACAAGCCUUAAUCUGUUUGUAUUUGGGCAGUGACAAAAAGCCCACCGACUGGACGGCGCAGGCUUUCCCAAGUGCGAGAUUCGCAAUGUCACAGUGGGUACAGCGACAUGGAUCUACGACGGUGCAGCUGAGCGUCGCUGCGGCCCUAGGAGCCAUUGCGGCGACCUCCAUCAUCUUUACGGCGACGUCGAUCCGACGGCGGCGGAUCACUGAAGAACUCAAAGCCUCGAUCCCCGAGCUAUCCCGCGAGCACCACGCGACGCAGCUGACCGAGUACGGCGGCGCCUUGCGGCCGAGCAUCACGAACAAGGAGGACGAGCGGGCGGCCAAGAUUGCCGCGCGGGCACGCAAGGGUGAAUACGACGAGGAGCUCAUUCUGGAACAACUGGCGCGGAACAGGGUAUUCUUGAAGGACGAUGGCCUGGCCAAGCUACGGGACGCGUUCGUCGUGGUCGUCGGGUUAGGAGGCGUGGGUAGCCACUGCGUCGCGGCGCUGGCGAGGAGUGGCGUCUCGCGCAUCCGAAUCGUCGACUUUGACCAGGUCACUCUGAGCAGUCUGAACAGGCACGCGCUGGCGACCUUGGCGGACGUGGGCACCCCCAAAGUCCACUGCGUCAGGAAGAGGUUGGAACAGAUUUGCCCGUGGGCCCGGAUCGACUGCCGGAACGAACUUCUCGGGUCCAACACCACGGAGGGCCUGCUGGCGAAGUGGGACUACGAAGUCGGGGACGACGAGGACUGUCGGGAGCCCGAUUGGGUGGUGGACGCCAUCGACAACAUCGACUCCAAGGUCGGACUGUUGCACCACUGCGCCAUCAAGGGGGUCCGAGUCAUCAGCUCCAUGGGCGCGGGUUGCAAGAGCGACCCGACGAGGGUCCGGGUCGGGGACAUCUCGAUGAGCACCGACGACCCCCUGUCCAAGUCCACGCGGCGGCGACUGAGGGCGAAGGGCGUCAAGGACGGCAUCCCCGUGGUCUUCUCCACGGAGAAGCCUGGGGACGGCAAGGCUGAACUCCUGCCCAUCGCGGAGGAAGAGUACGACAGGGGGGACGUGGACAAGCUCGGCGUCCUGCCCGAGUUCCGCGUCAGGAUCCUGCCCGUCCUCGGGACGAUGCCGGCCGUGUUUGGGUACACGGUCGCCAACCACGUCAUCUGCAGCGUCGCGGGCUACCCCAUGGACUACCGGGUGGGGGACCGAGGCCGCGACAAGAUGUACGACGGCCUGUUGUCCGGCCUGCAGGGCCUGGAGGAGCGCCUCGUCAGGACCACCGACGGGCAGGACGCCGUGGGUCUACGGAUACCCGUCAGCCGCGACGACGUGUCGUACCUCGUCGAGGAAGUCUUUCGGGGCAAGAGCGUCGUCUCGGGCCUCAUCAGCCGUCUCGCGCUGAUCAGGUGGAGGAAACCCGAGGGAGGCUUCCGCAUCGACGAGUCCUACCUGAAGGAGGGCCAAAAGAUGGUCAAGCUGCCCAUUGCCGCUCUCGUCCUAAUGACCAAAGAGGAGGCACAGAGACACGAAAGGGAAGUCCUCCGCGGGGACACGGCCCCGGAAGACCUCUACGAACCGGAAGUGAUAAACACGGUCCGACGAAGACAUCGCGAAGAACUCUCAUACGAGAGAUAUAGAUAACCACAUGUUUUGUUUUUGGACCUUGGAUACGAACAGGGACAUUUUUUAGAUUCCCUAUUUGGCAGCCAUCAAAAAAAAGGAUCGGUCUCCCUGGCAUGAAACGAUACAUAGAAACCACGAGCUACGCAGCCGGUUUUCUGGACCAGACAACCUGAUAUGAUAGAAGGGUACUUUGGGCCCCCCAAUGCCUACCCCCUACUCCCG